CUUUCCCCCAUCACUUCGCAUCAUCUUGUUGAACCAUCGUCUUCUUGUCUACUGCCUACUUCCUUGCUCCUUCCUUCAUUCUCCCUCUCAACCGCUUCUCCACCACCUUUAUUGUUUUCGUACGUCCCUAUUACUUCUUAAUUCCUCGCCAGCUUUCUUUUCCCCUCCUUCCACUAUCGCGCUCCAUGUCUAUCAGGGUAUCAUCGUUCCCUACUCGCUCCUAUCGCCCAUUGCAGUGCCGGACCUGCAAGGAGCUGCUGCUGAACCCGGUCACCCUACCUUGCGGCUUUACCGUCUGCCAGACGUGUGUACCGCCCGCUCAGACCAUCGCCUUCCAGCAACAAGUACGCUGUCCCUUCCGUACCUGUACCAGGUCCAACCUCCACCUGCCCGACCAGCUCACCAUCGAUGUCACACUCCAGAACCUGACAACGGCACUUCGGACAGCUGCACUACACUUGACCAGAGAGAAGCCUUCACUGUGCCAUCCACCAGAUACAUUGCCCGCAGACACGCUACUGCAUACUAGCGAGUUGACCAAUCAUGUCAGGAGUUCCGCGGUGGAUAGCCCCAACACCUUUUGCGAAUCUGACGCUGCCGAGACGUUGGUGUCGCACUCCACACCGCCGUCUGUCUUUUACCGGAGCAUGCCCUUCAUCAUUGACGCCAUUCGCCCGAAGAUCCAGCAGGAGAUCGAGUGCCAAGUCUGCUUCCUAGUCUUUGACCAGCCAAUCACCACUUACUGUGGCCACACCCUUUGCAGAUCCUGCCUUAUCACAUCCCUCGACCACAAGCCCUGUUGCCCGCUCUGCCGCCGUAAGCUGCCCCUGUACAUGCACUAUCACAAUCAGGCACCUAACAAGGCUCUCGUUCGCUUUAUCCAGUACUUGGCCAGUCGCCCAAACGCUAGUGAGGCCGAUGACAUUCCGCCUGAGGACCGCGAGAUCCAGUCGACACUAGCAAUGACUCCGUUAUUUAUCAAUUCUCUCAUUUUUCCACGGAUGCCCUGUUACCUACUGGUCUUUGAGCCUCGGUACCGGAAGCUUCUAAGGAAUGUCCUAAAGACGGAAAGCAAGCUGUUUGGGAUGGUACUGCCACCACAGCCGCAAAAGGGUCGCACUUCGGAGACAGCGGCCUGGGAGCCAAGCAUGGAGUACGGAACACUGCUCAAGGUUCUUUCCUGCGAGCUCUUGCCGGACGGACGGGCUUUGGUCGAGACUGUGGGUGUCUCGCGCAUCCAAAUUCUGACAUAUUCCAUGAUGGACGGCUACUAUACCGCGACGGCAAUCGAGUUAGUCCAUGAUAUACCAGUAGAACAGGAAGUUGGUCUUGAGAGGGCUGCUCUGAAGGCCGCGAUGGAGGCUGCUGUUGCACGCGAGAAAGCGCAGCGCGCCGAUGAGGAGACAUCCAGAAGAGUGACAGAAAAGGACGGGGAACAGGAUGAGGCGGAAGCCUUGAUCGGGACACCGUACAAGCAGAGAGAGGAUGAGGACAGGUCUCAUUCCACAGCGGUCUCUAGUGGUAUGCGCUCGCUGCACCGCCGACGUUCACCUCAGCCUUCUUCAGCCGACUCUUUAACGCCUUUGGCCUCUGAAGACGAUGCCAUGGUCCGUAACGGUAGCCUGGGCUGGACACAAUCAGAUGGUGGAUCAAGAGACCUUAGGCUAUCUGCACAGGAGCUGCCAGAAAGGCUAAAUCAUCUAGGGCUUCAAGAUCUGCAUGAAGUUGAUCUGGAAACACUAUCGCGGAAGCAAUUGAUGCAGAUCCUCUUAGGGUUUGUGGGGCAGAUGCAGGAACGACUCGGCCCUCUGGCGACGCAGCGUCUGCAGCGCGAAUUUGGAGAGAUGAUUGAGGACGACGGACAGGCGUUCUCGUUUUGGGUGGCAUCGAUCUUGCCUGUGCGUCACUAUCAAAAGUAUGAGCUGCUGCGAGUGUCGUCGGUUCGGCAGCGGCUACUGAUGGUCCUGGAGUGGAUCAAGGACAUUGAAGCACGACGAUCGCUGGCCGUGUGUACGAUAUCCUGAACAUGGAUAGAGACACGUUUAGACAACCAUUAUUUAUAUAUAUUUUAAUAUAUCUCUUUUGCUGCUUUUGAUAAACGAUCUCCUUACCAG